CAGUAUUCUUUCCCCAUGCUUUGCUGGUGCUGGUGGUGUGGGAAGAAGGCGAAAUCCUCGUAAAGAUUUUGCUUAUUUUGUUUCACAUUCACGACUCAGACGCCAACAGGAAAGGUUCACGACGGCCAAAACAGUACCGACCGACCCACCGAAGAAGGACGUCACUCCAUCGAAUCACAUCACCACCAGCGUCGUCGUCUUUUAAAAACCGUGUAUAAAACUCUCCCGUGUCAAUGUCAUGUGGAGUCAUUCGUUCAUCACUAGACCGGCUGGAAGGUGGAGGAGAGACAGAUCAUCAAGAUAAUAAAGUGUCGUGUGAAUAAGUACUUAUCAUCGCUGUGUGUGAUCUUGAGCUACAAUUUGAUUAAUUUAACAAGGCAGAUUUUAACUCUGUCCAAAAAUGGGCGACUCUAACAAAUGGAAACCCAUCGUCUUCACAGCUUCAGUAAUUAUAGCGUUCACAUUCAUAUUAAUUUUAUUCGUGCACAGAUCUAAUCAAAGACAAAGGCUGUGUCCGAACGCUCAAGAUCUUUAUUACCUCGAAGCACUAAAUGGGAGCAGCAGUGGUACGAGUGAUGGCGGUGCUGGGGGAGAGGUCGGGACCUGUCACCGAGAACACACGACGGGACCCUGCGCCAAAAAUAUGAUCCUCUACUCGAAACCGUUGAAUGAAAGUGUGGGUGUUUGUGACUGUGAUUUGACCCACAAUGAGCGUGGCCUCGUCUACCAUGAGCCGACUGGACAGUGCUACUUCAUCUUCACCCAGGGCUACUGCUCCGCGACCCACUGGCUGGUUCCCUACAAGGACGCGACCUGUGCGGAGAAUCUCUGCGCCCGCUGCGAGAUCAACCUCUGCGCCUCCUUUCCUGACAACGGCUUCGAAUGGGUGCAGCUCAAGGACGGCUCCUGCGCCGAGCUCGGGCUCAGCAGUCACCCCACGUGUGAAAGUUCGGAAGAUGUCAUCCACUUCGCCAAGUUUAAAGCUUUCGCCUCCUGUGAGAAGACGAGGGGGAGUAAAAAGCCCCUCAACUUUGCCACCGGUGGGAUCGGCGUUCCUCCGGCAAAGUGUCCGCAUGGCUAUUCCAGAACAACGUUGGGUCAUUGUGCCAUCAAUUUCGAUUUUGAUUAAGGACAAGAAGUAUCUAGGCGCUACAUCCGGAUCGUGAAUUAAAAGUGAUGAACAGUAUUGACUAAUGAUGAGAUAUGCAAAUAAGUAUGUGUGCCAGUGUGUGCGUGUGCAAGUGAUGAGUCAGCCUCAAGAUCCGGUCAAGAAGUUUUUACAUCUCAUUAUUUUAUACGAAUUUAUUCCUACCAACCACCGUCAUUGUCCUGACUGUGAGAAUAAAUGCAAAUGUGUCUGCGUAUUAUACGAUACUAAGAAGACGAAGAAGCCCUGAUAUUUAUGUCGAAUAUUAUGAUGUCAGUUAGUGCAGGAAUCCUCAAUUUUACAAGUAUUUCACGCAUUGGCCGUGGAAGCGUGGGGACAAAGGGACAAUGUCCCCACGGUUAGUCGAUGUCCCCAUCACCUGAUAAACCCCUCUCUCCCCUAUUCUACAAUGUUAAUGUCCCCAGACGUCCCCACCGCUUCCGUGGCCACUGAUUUCACGUUACAAGGUGUCCCUCAUUUUUAUUUUACAAAACCGAAUUCCUGACGGGUGUGUGCCUAUCAUCCCGAUUACUUACUAAUUUAAUUUAUGAUAACACAAAUUGUAUAUUAUUUUAUUUAUGUUGUCCAAUGAAACGAUGACAUGUUUACUACAACUGCAACAACAACUACCUUUAUUUUAGUUAGAUUUACCUACCCUAUAAUUACGCCGAAUGAGUAUGUACACCUAAUCAGACGAGAUUAACAACCUGCAAAACAAUUUAUUCCAUUGUAAACUCUUGAACUUGAUUGUGAAGAAAAGAGCACGAAAAAAAUGGAUUGCAGAAAAAAUAAAAAACAAUUUAUAUGCUCGUCA